AUGACUUGGACUCAUUAUGUUGUACGUGAAAGCAGGCUGAAUAAAGAAAAGCCGGAAAUUCGCUAUGAGUAUGUAGUGUAUGUAUGUUCUUUUGGCCAUAAAAAGAAGCCGGAGGGCUAUGGUCAGAGAGUAAAAGGGUCAAAGUUUGGUGGUUGCAAGGCCAUGUUUCGUUUACGGUAUACUGUGAACCGGUUCGUCAUAUCGUCGUCGAGGAUGAUACAUAACCAUCCUUGUGAUGAGAAGUGCUUGAAAAAUGAUCCGUGGUUCAGAAGACUAUGUGAAGAUCAGUUGAAGGUUGUUCUCCCGAUGGUUAAGACUGGAAGUAGUGCUGAAUCUAUUGUUAAGUAUGCAGAAGAAAAUUUCGAAAAGACAACAACAGUGCAUUAUGUCAAUAAUUUAAAAUAUAAAUUUGUCGGACGUUGUGGAAGUUUAAACGAUGUAAUUGCAACCUUACGGAACAAUGAGAAAUUACGGCUAUCAAUGUCCGGUAGUGGAUGGACUUGGCAGGCUGUUCAAGAUGUAGAUGAAAAUAUACCAGCUAUCCCGUCUCCAGAUUAUAAUGAAACGAACAGACUUUAUCGCACUCUACGCAGUAAAACCCACACACUCAGUACACUUUUCGGACAGACGACGGUGCAGGACACACUAAGGCAAUUGAUAGGUCAUGUUGAUGAAUUAAUACGCAUGAGGCGUCUGGCUACAGUUUCUGAACAUGUACUACAUAUUUUCACUGACAGCAGAACUAUGUACAAACAAUAUAAGCUUUCUCAAGACCUCCGGGUUCGCCGAGUUUGCAGCAGAGCACCUGCCUUUUCUACGAAAUCACUGCAGAACGGGACCAAAGGUGUGACAAGAUUAGAAGAUUAUGUUGGAAAAUACUUGGUCGCCAUAUUUUAUCCUUCGAACUUCCUAAAACUAUCAUCACAGGAGCUAUUAAAUUUCAACAGUUAUUUGUCAAACUUUCAAGAAAUCAAUUGUGAAAUUUUAGCAAUCUCUCCGGAUUCCCUAGAAUCUCAUAUCGCAUGGUAUUGCGCGCCAAUUCAGAAGAAUGGACUUGGUGAAAAUGUCCAUUUUCCAUUACUAGAAGAUAAAAAUAUGAGAAUCUGCAAAGCAUAUGGAGUUUCUAAUGAGGAUAAUGGAAGUGCUUUAAUGAGCAUUUUUGUAAUCGAUACGAACGGACUGAUACGUAUUACUGUAUGUUUAGAUAAAGGAAUACACGUUUCUGUAAAGGAUAUACUGCGAAUGGUGAGAGAUUUACAAAUGAAAGAUAAGGAAGAUGAAUUGGAUAUUUUAAGACAUUCGGAAACACCAGUAACAACGACGCCACUUGAUUAG